UCGCUCUCGCUCGCCGUCUUCCCCAAAAUUUCGAACGCCAAACCCUAGCUCUCGUUCUCAAUCCCAACUCCCAAGCCCCCGUCUCCAUGGACUUCGGCGGCAGCGGUGGCCGCGGCUGCGUCAUCUCAUCGCCGGGGACGGAGGACGACAAGCUCACGCGGAGGCGCUCCCGCCGCGUGAGCUUCGCGGACACCACUGCGGUGCACGUGUUCGACCGCGACGAGGAUUUCGAGACGCCCCCCGAGGAGCGCGAGCCCGGCUCGGCGUCCCCGUCCCCGUCCCCCGCGAGGUCCUCGGCGGAGCGGGAGGAUGGGGACGACAUCGAGGAGUUCCACCGGCCCCCGGUCAUCUUCCUGCCGGACAUCGAGUCAUCGUCCCCCGGCAGCGCCGUCGGAUCCAUCGCCUCCACUGAUGAUGAUAACUUCUUUGGACCUGUAUCAACAAGCUUUAUUCAAACAGGAAGACCAUCGGAUGCUGGAAUGUCAGAGGAUGACAACCAUGAUAUAACUAUGGAUUCCACGAUGUUCUCUAUGCAUUUUCGCAAUAUUGAUCCACCAGAUGACUGUACAACCAACUCAGCUGCCAGUCUAAUGACACCUAAUAUGGAAUCUAAGGGACCCCUGAAAGAACUUACAGUAUCUGAUCCUGGAAGAACAUUGAGUAAUGGUCGGACUGACAUGAGUUUGUUGACUGGUAACCCCAGAAGUUAUGAUUAUGGUAAGCUAUCACCCACAUUGAACAGUAUGAUGCAGAAGGUAAAGGGGGGCCAGCAAACAGAGUCUCCUAAAUCUGGAAUAGCUGAUGUAACUCCUGAUUGUGUUUUAACCUUGCCUUCAUAUGAGGAAGAAAAUAGGGAAGAAAACUUAUGCAUUGGCAAUGGUAUAUCUUCUGAUCAGCUGGGCUCUGUUAAUACUAUCGCGGAGCACAUUUCCAUGAGUGAUGAGGUUUCAACCAGAACAUAUCCAAUUCAAGUAGAUAAUGAAAUCAUAACUGAUGAUCAUGAGAAUUCACAGAACUGCAACCGUGACCACAUGGUUGUUGACCCUGGUGUCAAUAAUACUGUAGAACCUCCUGCAAAGCUUUCUCCAGCACAUAAAUCCUCUGUGAACAAUGUUGACUUGCAAUCCCAUCUCUUGCAUCAAUCUUUGUUGAAAGAUCAACCAUCUGGAUCAAAUUGCACUACAAGUGCUUCCUCUAUGUGUAAUGUUGACUUGGAACCCCAUCUGUUGGAUCAAUCACCUGGAACAAAUAACACUACAGAUGCUUCCCAACUGUCAAACGCUGCUCCUGCCAUUUUGCUGAUGGAUGCUGAGCAGCUGCACCAGCAAAAUGAAGUGAUGGAUACAGAAACCAUUCUACAUACUCCGAGAACUGUAGGUCAGCAGUUGCAAGUUCUACAAGGCUCUAUAUCCUCCCUAUGCUCGAAAAGGCAGAAACUCUUCAUUGGUACUCCUCUAUCCAAUAGUAAAGUGGCAAGUGAGGAGGCUUGUUCUUUGGGUAGCGAGUUUGUUGAACAUGGCAAGAGAAUAUCUGCUCUGAAAAAUGUGCUGAAGACCAGGCUUCAAGAAUCGCCUGCAGUUUGCCGGUUACCAUUGGUCGAAAAGAAUGAACCUGGUCAUCAAGCAAAUGACAUGGUCAGAAAUACUGAAGAUCGUGAUUCCACCUUAUCUGUUUCUUCUAAUUCUGUUCCACAACAUCAACUAAAGAAAACCGGUGAGUCUUUUAUCCUAGGCACUCCUCCAAGAGAGGGGCUAAAUGAAGCCACUAGGGUUCAGGAUACUUCACGUCGUGUCCUUACUUUGGAUAGCCAACCUAGUCAUGAAUGCAAUCCCCUUCUGGAUUUAGAUGGUGUUGGAAGAAAGAGAACUGCUACAGAAAAUGGUCAUGCUGUGCAAGAGCAUCCUGAGGAAAUAACUAAGGCAGCAAGAAGCCCCAGAAAAUCAAGAAAAGUGCUUUCUUGUGUAUCUCAGUCAUCUCUUAUGAUUGAAGAAAAACAGAAUUGUGCUCGUGAUAAUGGGCAGUUAGUGAAUGUUGAUUGGAACAAGGUACUAUGUACCAUCUCUAAUGCAACGGAGCAAGUUUUGUCAGCAUCAAUAAUUAAGCUUAAUUUACAACAGCUUGAUAUGCUAAGCGAUAAGCUGGAUGAGAUUCAUGUGGCCAGAAAAUAUAAACGGCUUUCUACUGCUGUGAGGAUCAAAGAUUGUUGUGAUGAUAAGCAAAAGAGAAUAGAGGAGGCAAGAUCUCUCCAUGAGAAGCUUUUCUAUGCGAAGGCAAAGCUGCAAAUAAAUAAUAUGAAGCUAGCUAAACUCCAAAAUAAGGCUCAGCUAUAUCAAGACGGAAUUCAAGAGUGCUGCUUUCUGAAAUCUAAGAUUUUGGGUGCUGAACAAAUGAAGGAUGCAUGUCUUCCUGCAGCAACUUCGAUCAAUGCCAGUGAUAGACAGGAACAGCUUGCUAUUCUGACUGAAAAGCGGCUUGAACUCAACAAUAUUCAACAGAAGGUGGAGGACUUAAGGAGUUCCCUUGAAUGUUUUCGCAAUAUUGAAGGUGACAUUAGUUGUGAUAGUGUUAUGAGGCAUGCUGAGGAGCAGUUGAAGAUGAGAAAUCAGUGUCACUUCAUCCAGCGGCAAGCAGGGCUCUGCGAGUUGAGUGACUUAGUUAAAAGGGACAACAAGCGUGAUCUUAUCCUCAACUAUCACAAUUUGUUGUUCCAAAGGAUCAUCUUAAACAUCAGUGAUAAAUCUAGCAUAUUUGUGAAUAAUUCACUGAAUGGAACCAAAAUAGGACAGACAUUCCCAAAUUUGGAUGCAUCUGUGGCAUUCAAUUUUGUUUUCAAAGCCGAGGAGAACCAAAGAGUUUGUGAUUUGCGAUCCUUGCACAAGACCACGAUGGAAACAAGUUUGCUUCUGGGUAAUCUUGUUGAUGUUUUAGAAGAAGUCAAGUUAGCUAAAAUGGAGUUACUAAAUCUUACUUCUGCUGCUUUUGUCUUGGAGUCCCAGACAUGUGAACUUGGCCUCCACCUCUGCUUCAUGAGCUUCAAGAGCAGCAAGAAGUUUGCUUUCAUCAUUGACAUGACAGAGUUGAACCGCUCGGUCUAUCCUUCCGACCCAUCUGAACUGCCGAUCAAGAUUUGUGAAACGCAGACAACGCUAGCACAGCCAAGCGUAGAUGAGACCAUGGCUUCUAUAAGGAACCUGCAACCUGGUCGCACGGUGAUACUGCGGCUGUGCCGGAUGUUAUCUCGGCUGAUUAAUUCGUUGCCAGUCUGAGUGAUCACUGGGGUACAGCGUGUAGGAAAGUAGACAUCAUCCAGAUGUGUAGGCAGGCAUUAUCAGUUUUCUGUAUGUAGGUGCGCAGCUGUUGGUAGAUGUUUGGAUCCAUAUAUCAGCCGUUUGGGGCGACCUGCAAGUGUCAGGCGUCGUAAAUAUAGUAUUUGACAACUCUUCAGAAUAUCGAGUGGGUUUGUUGCUUCAAGUGGAAGGACAUCUUUAACCAAGUGGUUUUGGUUACUGCAAAUCCUUGUAACAGCCAUUGUAUUGAAGCAGCACUGAGGAGUUGAUUGUCCAUCUACUUUUGGUUAACUGAAAUGCAAAUUACUAGUCAGCCGGUUGAAAAA